GCGGCGGGCGGCCGGGCCGAGGGUGUCGGGCUUCGGGCUUCGGGCUUCGGGCGGCGGCGCCAUGUCGCACGGCCACAGCCACGGCGGGGGCGGCUGUCGCUGCGCGGCCGAGCGGGAGGAGCCGCCCGAGCAGCGCGGCCUGGCCUACGGGCUGUACCUGCGCGUGGACCUGGAGCGGCUGCAGUGCCUCAACGAGAGCCGCGAGGGCAGCGGCCGCGGCGUCUUCAAGCCCUGGGACGAGCGGGCCGACCGCUCCAAGUUCGUUGAAAGUGAUGCAGAUGAAGAGCUCCUGUUUAAUAUUCCAUUUACAGGCAAUGUCAAGCUCAAAGGCAUCGUUAUAAUGGGAGAGGACGAUGACUCGCACCCCUCUGAGAUGAGACUGUACAAGAACAUUCCACAGAUGUCCUUUGAUGAUACUGACAGGGAGCCAGAUCAGACCUUCAGUCUGAACAGGGAUCUUACAGGAGAAUUAGAGUAUGCUACGAAAAUUUCUCGUUUUUCAAAUGUCUAUCACCUCUCAAUUCAUAUUUCAAAGAACUUUGGAGCAGAUACUACAAAAAUCUUUUAUAUUGGCCUCAGAGGAGAAUGGACUGAGCUUCGCCGACAUGAGGUCACCAUCUGCAAUUAUGAAGCAUCAGCUAAUCCAACAGACCACAAGGUCCAUCAGGUCACCCCACAGACACACUUCAUUUCCUAAAGACUGACUAAAGCUCCCCCUGAGGGGCUUAUCAAUGAAGAUGUAUGACAACAUGCUGAGAAGAACAAAGAAAUGGGGCUCCAGAGCAAGAGAUAGCUGCCUCAGCCUCUGUCCAGCUUUGUCUUUGGAGGCUUGCUACAGAAGCCUGGCCUACUGAAGAGUUCACACCAUUGGGGAAGGUUGUGUAGCUUGAGAGGACCAUUGUGGUUCUCUUAGGUUCUGCAGAAAUUGGGUCUUGGCUGGUCAGCACAUGGCAGUCAUGAGUAAUGCCUGUCGGUCCCAGUCAGUGCCAUGAGAUCCCAAGUGUCAUGUUGCUUUAUGGCAGGAUUUCUUAUGACUUGUUUUUUUUAAAAUGGAAACUUAUUGGGUUGCAGUAAACUUUUCUCAAGCCUUCUCAAACUUGUUUGUAUUAGUUAUCAAGAGGGUCUUCACCUUGAGAUUUCUUGUCCCUGCUUGCUCCUUCUUCCUGUCAUCAUUCAGUAUUCUUGUCAAAUUAUCCACCAUGGCUCUGUCUGUUGUGCACAAGUGUCCAAUGGUUAAAGCUCAAAGGACAGGAAUAUCCUGAUGACUUUUAAUAGGUUGGGAGAUUUUUUUCUACUGUUUGGGUAAGCAAUCUGGGAAGAAUAUUGUGGAUAGCCUGGUUGAGGUAAGAUUGGGAUUUAUAAGAUUCCUCUUGGAAUAUUCUUAAUGUUUAUUAGCUUCUAACGAGUGUUAAAAACUGAUAGAAUUUGGAGAUCUCAUUUCUUCUGUUCAUGGCUUUUUAUUCACUGUGAUUAAUAAGCUUCUUAAUAAAUCCUUGCCAGACUUAA